CCACGGCGUAGAAAUAUCCCGAGAGACCACGCUCCCAUCAGAGGGUUUCAGCAUCAGACCCAUGGCUCCCGUUCCUCCGCUCCUCGCCGUGACGGCGCUGCUGCUGGCCCUACCGCUCGGGAGCGCCGCCGGGGACCUGCACCCGGUCGUGCUCGUGCCGGGCUACGGCUCCAACCGGCUGGAGGCGGCGCUGACGGCGGCGUACGAGCCCCCGGCGCCCGCGUGCGCCGCCGGCGCGGACCGGCAGGGGUGGUGGUUCCCGCUCUGGCCCAACCACACGGCGACGCGCGACGCCAGCCAGGUCCCCUGCUUCGCGGACCAGAUGAGCCUCGUCUACGACGCCGGCGCCGACGACUACCGCAACGCCGACGGCGUCGCCACCCGCGUCCCGUCCUUCGGCUCUGCGCGCGCCCUCAUCGGGUGGGACCAGCUGGUGCGGCAGCUGGAGGGCAUGGGCUACCGCGACGGCGAGACCCUCCUCGCCGCGCCGUACGACUUCCGCUACGCCGUCGCGCCGCGGGGCCACCCGUCCGCGGUGGGCGGCCGCUACUUCCGCGACCUCGGGCGCCUCAUCCGGGCGAGCCGCCGCCGCCGGGGCCGCCCGGUCAUCGUGGUCGCGCACAGCUUCGGCUGCGCGCUCACGUACCAGUUCCUCCUCUCCCGCCCGCUCCCCUGGCGCCGCCGCUACGUCAAGCACGUCGUCUUCCUGGGCUCCGCGCUCGGCGGGUUCGCGCCGGGGAUGUACGGGCUCAGCGCCGGCAUCGACUACGGCCUCCAGGGCGUCACGCGGCCGGCGAUGCUCCGGCUGGCUCGCAGCCAGCAGAGCGCCCUCUGGCGCCUGCCCACGCCGCUGGUGUUCGGGGACCGGCCGCUGGCGGUGACCCGGAGCGGGACCUACACGGCGCGCAACAUGUCGGGGUUCCUCGAGGCGAUCGGCUUCCCCGACGGGGUGCGGCCGUACGAGACCCGGGUGCUGCCGAUGUGGGAGGUGCUGCCGCCGCCGAUGGUGCCGGUGACCAGCGUCAUCGGGGUCGGGAUCAGGACGCCGGAGACGUACGUGUUCGGGACGGACGGGUUCGAGGGGGAGCCCGAGGUGGUGUACGGCGACGGCGACGGGGACAUCAACCUGGUGAGCCUGGCGGCCAUCGACGACUGGGCCGGUGUGGAGGGGCAGGCCAUGGAAGUCGUCAGACUCCCCGGCGUGCACCACGGUGGCUUCUUCAGCGACGAUUCCGCUGUCGAGAGAGUGGUUGAUGAGAUACACAAGGCAGGAGGAAGCAUAGAGCUCGAUCGGAAAUUUAGCAUCUGAGCGACUGAACGGUGGUGUCUGGUGGUGAGACCAUCAUCGCUUUGAACAGAGAAUGCAUCAUGAUCGGGAGUCGAGUUCACAUGUUAGAGGGGCUCAGUUUUUUUUUUUGAAAUAAAGGGGGCUCGUGUUUGUCA